AUGAAUUCCCCUAUCUCAUUUAUCUCAUAUCCUCCCUCAAUAGUUUCUUCAACUUGCUUUGUUCCCACUUCAUUGUCCUACACCAACAUGGCUGAUCAGGACUUCAAAAUGCCCACCAUCAAGUUCACCAAGCUCUUCAUCAAUGGAGAUUUUGUUGAUUCUCUUUCAGGACGAGAAUUUGAGACAAUAGACCCAAGAACGGGAGAGGUAAUUGCAAGGGUGGCAGAAGGAAAAAAAGAAGACAUUGAUGUUGCUGUGAAAGCUUCUCGUGUGGCUUUUGACUAUGGUCCAUGGCCCCGCAUGCCCGGCGCGGAAAGAGCAAGAAUUAUGAUGAAAUGGGCAGAUCUAAUUGAUCAAAAUGUAGAAGAAUUAGCAGCACUAGAUGCCAUUGAUGCUGGAAAGUUGUACCAUCGGUGUAAGGCUCUUGAAAUUCCUUCAGCAGCAAAUACUAUACGUUACUAUGCUGGUGCUGCUGAUAAAAUUCAUGGAGAGGUCUUAAAACCUCCUAGAGAGUUGCAUGCAUAUACUUUACUAGAACCAAUUGGUGUUGUGGGACAUAUCAUUCCUUGGAAUUUCCCUACUUCCAUGUUUUUCACCAAGGUUAGUCCUGCAUUGGCUGCUGGUUGCACUAUGGUCCUCAAGCCUGCAGAACAAACACCUCUCUCAGCUUUGUUUUAUGCUCAUUUAGCUAAGCUGGCUGGAAUUCCAGAUGGAGUACUCAAUGUGGUUCCUGGAUUUGGCCCAACUGCAGGUGCUGCAAUAAGUUCACACAUGGACAUCGAUAUGGUCAGCUUUACUGGUUCAACAGAAAUAGGCCGUGAAAUAAUGCGUGCUGCAGCUAACAGUAAUUUGAAACCAGUUUCACUUGAAUUAGGAGGCAAGUCACCCAUCGUAAUUUUUGAUGAUGCUGAUAUAAAUAAAGCCGUUGAGCUUGCUCUCUUAGGUGUUGUAUUUAACAAGGGAGAAAUUUGUGUUGCGGGGUCUCGUGUAUUUGUUCAGGAAAGAAUCUAUGAUGAAUUUGAGAAAAAGUUGGUGGAAAAGGCAAAAGCUUGGGUGGUUGGGGAUCCUUUUGAUCCUAAAGUUCAGCAAGGUCCUCAGGUUGACAAAAAGCAAUUUGAAAAAAUUCUCUCUUAUAUUGAGCAUGGAAAAAGAGAAGGAGCCACCCUUUUGACAGGGGGAAAAAGACUAGGCAACAAGGGAUACUACAUUGAGCCUACAAUUUUCUCCAAUGUUAAGGAGGACAUGCUUAUCGCAAAGGAUGAAAUAUUUGGUCCCGUGAUGGCACUGAUGAAAUUUAAAACCAUGGAGGAAGCAAUUAAAAGUGCCAACAACACGAGAUAUGGCUUAGCUGCAGGAAUUGUGACAAAAAACAUAGAUACAGCAAAUACUAUGUCAAGGUCGAUUCGUGCAGGCAUUGUUUGGAUCAACUGUUAUCUUGCCUUUGGGAAUGAUAUUCCUUAUGGAGGUUAUAAGAUGAGUGGAUUUGGAAGAGAAUCAGGAUCGGAGGCCCUCCACAAGUACUUACAAGUUAAAUCUGUUGUAACACCCAUUUACAAUUCUCCUUGGCUUUGA